ACGUCAUCAUUAUGCGCAUGUGACGAGAAGGACCCCUCGUCCAAGAGCAAUGCACAUGAGGUCGUCGGUUAGAAAUUUUAGAAAAUGUAAUGCACUGUUAUUCCUCUUUCUGGGUCAAACGGGAGUUAAUAGUCGUGUAAUUAAUAAAACACAGCGCCAUUGUGUUUCUUUCAUUGACGUUAAUUCUAUUUUAAAUCGUCCUUUUUAUUCUCCGUGGUUUCAACAGAGCAGCUUCAUGAUGCAGCAGGCAGCUGUCGCCGCCGACACACCGGCGGAGGUGUUAGAGGAGAAAACUACAACCAAGGUGACGGCAGAAAGUGGCAAACGAAAAAGCGACGAACCUGAGUCAAGUGGCCGAGGCAAGAGGCGGAGAGGAGCGGGAGGGAAGAAGUUACGUCCCGGUGAGAGAUACGUCCCCCCUCCGCAGAAGAGGAACCCUGGUGUUAGCUUCAGCCAGGAGCACUUCAACGAGACCUCCUACUACUUUGAAGGCGGCCUGCGCAAAGUGUGUCCGUAUUACUUUGACUUUAAAACGUACUGCAAAGGUCGGUGGAUUGGGAAGAGCCUCCUGGAGGUGUUCAAGAGUGAGUUCAGAGCGGAGUCCAUUGAGUAUUACCAGAAGGCUGCCAAAGAGGGUCGUAUCCGGCUGAACGAUACUCCUGUGGAGGACCUGUCUGUGGUGCUCAGGAAUAAUGACCUCAUGAGGAACACAGUGCACCGCCAUGAGCCCCCUGUAGUCAGCAAGCCCCUGGAGGUUCUGGUGGAUGACGGUGAAGUGGUUGUGGUCGACAAACCUGCCUCCAUCCCUGUCCACCCCUGCGGUCGUUUCCGCCACAACACGGUGAUUUUUAUCCUGGGUAAAGAGCGGGGCAUCUCUGAGCUGCACACAGUCCACAGACUGGACAGACUCACCUCUGGAGUGCUGCUGUUCGCCAGGACACUGGAGACGUCGAAGAAACUGGACCAGUUGGUGAGAGACAGACAGGUUGAAAAAGAGUAUGUGUGCAGAGUGGAGGGAGAGUUUCCAGAGGGGGAGCUGAUCUGCGAGGAGCCCAUCCUGGUCGUCUCCUUUAAGGUCGGCCUCUGCCGAGUCGACCCAAAGGGAAAGGAGUGCAGGACUGUUUUCCAGAGGCUCAGCUUUAAUGGGAAAACCAGCGUGGUCCGCUGUUUCCCCCUCACCGGCCGCACACACCAGAUCAGGGUCCACCUCCAGUACCUGGGCUUCCCCAUACUCAAUGAUCCCAUCUAUGGGGCCUCAGCCUGGGGUCCUCACAGGGGGAAGGGUGGGCUGGUGGAAAAGAGUAUUGAGGAGCUGCUGCAGGCUCUAGUAGAGGAACAUCGCUCUCAGGAAAGUCUUCAUCUGUUGGAUAUUCCAGACGACGGGAUUGGGAUUGAACCAGAGGCAGAGAAACACAAGACAUCUGAGAAAGUAGAAACACUAGAUGGCACCUGUGAGACUAAGGAAAGUGGAGACAGCCAUCAGAUUGACACACAGGUGCAGACAGGCUGUAGCACAAGCAGUGAGACAGUGAGUCAGGGCUGCACAGACCCGAACAGUAACAGUGCCUCACUCACAUCUCAACCUACCAAAUCUAGUGGGAAACAAACAGAGGAAACAACCUCUCCAGAGACAAGAGACCACCUGUGCAGUGAAUGUAAGCUGGUACGACCAGAUCCCACAGAGAAGGAGCUCAUCAUGUAUCUCCACGCUUUACGUUACAAAGGACCUGAUUUUGAAUAUUCCACACAGUUACCUGAUUGGGCCAAAGAGGACUGGGUUCAGGCUGAUUAGAGCCGACCUAAUAAACACUUUUAGGUCAGUGUUUUGUUUUUUUAGACAGUCCGAACAGAAAUCAUUUAAGAAGUUUUGCUCUGAGGCAGUUUUGAUUUUGCUGUGAUCAAUCUCUGUUGGUUAUUCCUGAGUAACGUCUCUGACUGUGGUUUAAAAUGCAUCAAAGUUUGUCAGCAUAACAGGUUUCACAUAAUUGAGCUUGCAGAAGUAUGAUGUCCUACCGGCUCCGAGCUGUUAAAGGAUAACUUCGGUGUUUUUCAGCCUGGGCCCCAAGUGUAUGUGUGCGUAUGAUUCAUAGGUACAACUUGUUUUAA